GUCAACUGUUGUAAACUAAUUAUUUGUUUAUUUUUUUGUGGAUUACUGUCAGGAAUUUACGACAACAUUUAACAAUUUUAAUUUAUUUAUUUCACUUGUAGUUGAACACAUUAUGCACAUACAAUAAACGCCCAGUGCAGAUACUAUGAUUUGUGAAGGAUGUCUCAGUGAAGACAGGGCUGUAUCCAUUGUUGAUAAAGAAAAUUUGAGGAUCUAUGCCAGUUUCCUUGAUGAUGAAUGCACUAACAACAGUGUAAAACUUUGUUGGGAAUGCAGGGCACUAUUGAAAAAGUUCCUGAGAUUCAAGCAGCAAGUGAGAUGUGCUCACAGUACUUUAGUUAGAUAUUCGGUGCCCCGGUACAAAUGUCUAUCGAAUCUUAAAACAACUGAAUGCAAACACACAAUUGACAUUGAUAACGAGAGAGAAAUAGUAACGGCAACAUUCGUGAAAAUAGAAAUCGAAUCGAGCACAAGCUUAGCAGACAGUUACCACGAUGAACUGGCUGAUCACCUUUCAGCUGAUGAAGAUGACAGUUUCAAUAAUGAUCCUAAAGGAAAUGAUGAUGCAGAAAAGACAUACGUUAGAGAUGAUUCUUCAUUGGAAACGCCUGAAUUGAAAAGCAAAGCAAAAAAACGCAGUCAAACCACUGACGUAUUCGACGAGUCGGACGAUGAACCACUGAAGGACAAAACUAAGCCUAAAGCGAAGCGGGAUAAGAAAAAUGAAGGCGCGGCGCGGCGCGGCGGGCGGCGGCAGCAGGCGCCCGGGGUGGUGAGCAGCGCCAAGGUGCUCCGCAAGCUGCAGAGACUCAACGCGGACGCCGACCAGCUGGAGAUGGUGGUGCUGAGCUGGGACCAGGUGGAAGAGGAGCGUCAGAAGGCUCUCAAGAGCCACGUGUUCCUGCGCCACGAGCACCGCUGCUAUACCUGCGUGGUGGGCUUCAACCACCGUUGCAAACUCGACGACCACAUCGCGAAGAAACACGAUCCGUCGCUCGGCACUGUGGAGUGCAGCGUGUGCAACGUGCGGCUGGCGAACGUAUUCGGGCUCAGAGCGCACCGACGGAGACAUGUGGCCAGAUGGCGUUGUCGCCUGUGCGGAGCGAUGUGGUCGCGUGCGGAGAUCGCGGCAGAUCACGUGUCGCGCGCACACGGUGGCAACACGCCCGUACACACGUGCCACGUGUGCGGCCAGCGUGAGACAACUCUAGGGAGACUGAGGAUUCACGUCAGCACUCAUUCCGAGAAACAGAAGUGCGAGCUCUGCGGGAAAAUGUUUAGAAACAAGGAGUCGCUGAGAACACAUUUGUUUAUACACAAAGGGGAGAAGGAGCACGCUUGCCCGCGCUGCGACAAAAAGUUCCUGUUCAAAAAGGCAAUGGAGGUGCACUGCAUAUCCCACGACGCCUCGUCGCAGCUGUAUUGCUAUGAGUGCGAUGUGAACUUCAAGAACCAGAUGUCUUUCAACCAGCACAUGAAGUACACCCUCAAACACGUGGACCCCGCUAAGUUGAAGCACGCGUGCGAGUUGUGCGACAAGAGGUUCGUGAAGGCGGUGCGCCUACAGGAACACAAGCUGGCCGUGCACCUCAAGCAGACGCCCAUCGCGUGCUCGCAGCCCGGAUGUACCUUCGCGUGCUCGUCCAAGCCCGUGCUGCGUACGCACGUGCGCAUGUUGCACCGCAACGCGCGUGCGCGCCGCGACCACGUGUGCGACGUGUGCGGGAAGGCCUACUCCACUAAAAAGAUACUAGAAGGGCAUCUGCACAGCCACAGCGGCGCACGGCCGUACCGCUGCACCACGUGUCCCGCAGCAUUCGGCUACCAGGCCGCACUCUACAACCACAACAAACUGGUGCACCUCAAGAAUAAGACUGGUCGCGGACGUGGCGCGGCACCGGCGUGGCCUGUCGCUGAAGAAAAGCCGGCGCCUUUACCUGUUGACCAGACCUGAUGACGAUAAAUAGCACAUCCCUAUCAAAGACUUAUUAAAAUAUACACGCUAA